UUGCCCGUGUCCCUCUCCGCACCUAGAGAUUCUCCGGUUUUUCGCACCAGCUGCGCUUGAGAUUUGGAUUGGUUUGGUUUGGUGUGGUGUGGUGUGGUUUGAUUUGGGAGUGGAAUUGAACGGAUCACCUGAUGGAACUCCAUGCGUGAUUGGAUUGUCGCUACCUGCUGAUGUGGAAUUUCUCCUGAACUUGUUAGCUGCAAUGGAGGGGAAUUGGGGCGAUUAGGUUGCGUGAUUGAUCGAAUUUUGCGUCCUGCUCGUGUGAUUAGUCCCAGAUUCCAAAUUUCCAGUUGUUUUAUCACUUCAUUUCCACGAAAUUUCACCCAUGAUCUGUUCCUUCAUCCUACGCAUGAUCUCUAUCUAGUCAAUUUUUACGAAUUAGCAUCUGAUUUGGGACUAAUCAGAGAAAAAGCUGCACUGAUGCAGGUAUGCUACCCGGUCCCCUUCUCCCACUUCCGCCGCCGCCACCACCGGAGCUCGUAGUGUAUCCCUCUGUGCCGAGCCUGCCACCUUCAGCCACGCCGCCGUCAUCGUCGUCGUCCAUAGGCUCCAGCAUUGCCAUUGUCGUCCUCGUCGUCAUUACCACGGCCAUCGUGACUGUCGCCAUUGUUGUCAUUCGACGCAGCUACCGCCGUGGGCGCCGCCUGUCCUGCUCAUCGUUCUCCCCACGCCGCAGCUUAUCCCCAAGGGCUUUGUCAUCUUCGCCAUCAGCAAUGUCUCAGAUGUGGCGCGCGGCAGUUGCAGCUGUCGGUUCUUCACCGAGGGCCAGUGCUGCCAGUGCCAGGUCCUGGCCGGAAAUGGCCGCGCCCUCUUCAGCUCCAGGCGAUCCCGGCAGAGGCCCUCCAGUGGCAUUGUCGAGCUCUGCACAAGGGGCAGUGCAGGGGACGGCUGGAUUGAUGGCGUCCUCGGCUACCUCAGCUGCUGCGAUGGCGCCGCCGCCGUCUGCGCCGUCUCUGCCGGAGGUGGAGCGGGUGAUAUUGGAGCUGCUCUCGCUGCCACCUUCGCCGUUGCAGCCGGCGAUGAGCGGCAGCACGGCGACCUGCUUCAUCUGCAACAAACUGCUUCUCCCAACUGAUCUGCACCUCGUCCUUCCGGUGUGCUCCCACAUGUUCCACCAGCGCUGCCUCGUCGCCUGGCUCCGCAGCCGCGUCACGCCGCUGCUAUGCUGCCCCGAGUGCCAUGCUCCCAUCACCACCCGCUGCCGCACCGACAAGAGAAGCCUCGUUCCAACCUUCUGCUCAGGGGAGUACGACAUCGAGUCGCAGAUUCUGGCGGUGCCCGCGCCGCCAGGCGAGGAGGUGGCGGAGGCAGUGGGGGGAUCUCGUGGGUGGCUGCGCUCCUCGCUGGACAGGCUCUCCGGCAGCUGGAGGGCGUGCUCCGGCAGCCGCGCCGUCGCAGCGGUGGCGGCGCCGGGGUGCUCCUCGUCGCGCCGCACCACCGGAAGCUGGAGCCCUGGCACUGGCAGCACGAGCGGCCGCCACCUCCACCUCGGCGCUGACUCGCGUGGCGUUCAGACGGAGGUGCAGCUGCAGCUGCAGCUGCCGGUGCUGCCUCUCGCUGAUGAAGAGGUGGCUGCAGCCGACGAUGAUGCUGGGGGAUCUCGCGGCUGGCUCCGCUCUUCUCUGGCCACACUCUCUGGGAGCUGGGCCGUGUUCCCCACCACCAGCCGCUCCACCGCAAUGGAGCUACCAGUGUCCUCCUCGCGGCGCACGGCAGCUGGGAGCACCGACUCGUGGUCGGGGAGCUGGGAUCCUGAGGCGUUGAGGGUGUCGGAGCCGCAACCACGAGAGAGACCAUCGGUGCUCGACUACGCCAGAUGGGUGUUCAGAAACUCAGGUUGAGCUAUCGUCUUCCUCUUCAGAAAUGUAAGGGAAAAAAGAAGAGAUGAAAUGUGCAUAGGAGCUACAAGAACAUUGCAUAACAGUAACAGGAUAUUUUUACAUCAGCGAAGGAUACUGGAGGCAUUCUGUAUAGUGUCUGAUAAUUGAUCUUUCGAAUCGUCUGCUGCCCUUGGCGGUUUUUCUUCAAUCCAAGGGAAACAGUGUGCAAGACAACACGAGAAAUCGGAGGUAUAGGUUUACUUGUAAGAACUUAGGAUGUUGUUCAGUUCGAGUAAAGUUUGUCCACUGCAGGGGGUACAUAGCAAAUUGAGCGAUGGUUUUGGAGAAUUCUUCGGUUUGUCAUUACUUUGACGUAAACAUAUAUAGGUAUGGGUAUUUUUUUUCUUUAAUACAUGAUGAUAUUGACAGGCUUUGGGAUA